UUCUCUCUGUACAAUGAUUUUAGCCAUUAAGUUGUGCUUCCAUCGAAAGAUAAACAGUAGAAGUCGGCGACGAUAGUCUAGCAUUUCCACCGCUUUAAAAUGGCUUCGUCGCUGAAGAGUACACGAAAAACGUACAGUUUCGAGGAACGCAAGAUUCUGAUCGCGUUGAUAAACAAAUACGAGGACAUAGAAGAGAAGAAGUCCGAUCCUGUAUCAAUGUGCAAACGGAAAUCAGCCUGGUCUCAACUUGCCAACGAAUACAACUCGAUGGUAGGUCCGCAAGGCGUGCGUUCCGCUGUACAAUUAAGGCGCUGCUGGGAAAACAUGAAAGCUUGCAAACGAAAUCGGGAGGAAAAGAAGUUACGGGUCUCGAAGAGUUUCUGCCAGCUGUCCAAGGAUCACGCACGGUCAAAAUACUGGGAGAAUAGAAACUCCGUGACGGAAGCCCCCAUAUCUGGUAGCGUGGGGUUGCCCCCAAACGUCAUGUUCGAGCCCAAGGAAUCUGAACCUUUUACCUUGCAAAGUGUCCAUACCGUGAAACCUUCGAGGAAAAAUUCAAAAGACGAAAACUAUUGUAAAGAUUCAGAUUCUCUCAUCAAUAAAGUCGAUCCUCACCAUUUACCCCACGGUCCCAUGGGCGAUUGUUACGACAAAUCAGUCCAAAAUUCGAAUUCCCCAACCAUAGAAAACACACCCGAAGGAAAUGAUAAGAUUUAUAAAUCGAACCCAAGGCAAACAUUGAUCUCGCCUUCGAUCGUUCACGAGCAGCCUCGUAAAGCGAAAAGAUCUCUGCAUAGAGAGGAGGAACUCCACUCGUUGGCCCUGUCGGAAGCACAGAUGAAGGUCGACAUCGCUGCUAUGUUGAAAGAGGAGGCUCGGAUUAAAUUGGAAGAGGCUCACUAUCGCAAAGAGGAAGCCAGACUGAGGAUGGUUCUUUUCACGUACAAGCUCGAUCGAAUAAAAGAGGAUUGACUCGGGG